AUGGAGGCCGAUCCAGCCCCCGACUUCUCGAUGAUGCUGAGAGAGCUGCUGGCGCCGCCCUGUCUGGACCCCGAGCCGCCCCCGGAGCCCCCCGCCCGGCAGGCCCCAAGGCCCCCGAGAUGCCUCAGACCCAGUGGCCUAUAUAGGUGCCGCCCAGGGAAUGAGGUGACCACGCUGCCCCUUGUCCCCAGGUCCUUCUGGCCUGCACGCCGGGACUCGAUCACCGCCCUGCACUUCCUUCAAGAGACAGCAGAGGGGCUGGCCCAGCCCCCUGCCCAGGACACCCAGGUCCUGGGACCCUGCUGGGAGCUGAAGGCCCUGGGGUCUCUGGGACCCCCGCCUCCGGCCAGCGAUGCCAGGAACAUGCUGCCCCCCAUCAGCCAGCAAUGCGGCAGCCUGGGGCCCCCAGGGGCUCCCCUGGCCCCUUCAGCCCCCCCCCAGAGGAGGCCCCGGAAACAGCCGAACCCCCAGCAGGGCGCAGAGAAAGUGGACCCCCGGUUCGAGGGGGUGACCCUGAAGUUUCAGAUAAAGCCGGAUGCCAGCCUGCACAUCACACCCAGCUACAGUCACAUCCCGGACCGAGCCGGGGCCUCCUCGUUGGGAGAAGGGCCUAUGCCUCCUUGGGGGAUGCCUGAUGCCUUGAUAGUAAAUCUUCAUUUGGGGGGCUGUCUGGGAUGGGAUACAGGUCCCCCAGUGCUAACGCCUUGUCUGCUCCCCAGCCUGGCCUCCGGCCGCCGCUCUCAGGCUCCCCCAGCAGGCCCCGCCAGGGGCCCUGAGGCCACUUCAGGAGGCAGCGAGGCCUUGGGGCCCCGGCGCUGUGCUUCCUGUAGGACUCAGAGGACCCCACUCUGGAGAGAUGCCGAAGAUGGGACCCCUCUCUGCAACGCCUGUGGUAUCAGGUACAAGAAAUAUGGCACCCGGUGCGCCAGCUGCUGGCUGGUGCCCAGGAAAAAUGUCCAGCCCAAGAGGCUAUGUGGCAGAUGUGGGGUAUCCCUGAGCCCCCACCAAGGCCCAGCUCAGGAAGGCUAAGCCCUUCGUCACCCAGCUGAAUCUGUCCUGCCUCAGCUUCUCCAGGGGGAGAAUGGACAGAAGCCCUUCUAGAAGGAGUGGAGAAAGAGCUUAGGUCUUGCGGGGUCCCCAGCCUGCCUCCUCUCUGCCCCCUCCUCAUCAGGGACCCCAUGGGGAAGACCCAGGCCUCAGGCCCCAGAGCCCCUGUCUGAGGGUCGCUGGCCCCUCCC